AUGUUCACUAGUCACGCCCUUCCGCUCUUGUGUCUGUUCGUCACGACCAGUGCUAUUAACUUAGUAGAUCUACUGAGCAAACUAAGAAGAGGGAAUGCUGUGGGCGGUCCAUCAAACCUGUAUGACAGGGGUGCCAGUGUAAACACGGUUUCAUUUGAACUUCCUGAAAGUCAUAGACAGGCGGCUUUUCAAAGUCACCUAAUUCCUCAAACACCACCUGGACAACCAAAAAGUAAUUUCCACAAUCUUUUGAGAGAGAUGACUGCUAGCAGUAAUACAAGGAGAAAUGCACAGAGUCAUACCAACCCUGGGCAAAACCCUCCAAGUAGAUACCAAUAUACACCAACAAAUCAAAUUCCCAACAGACAAUCGUUUUCACAAGUACAAGUUCCAAACAGACGAGAGUAUACCCAACAGAUACCAAGCAGAGGACAGUUUAAUCCAGCGCAUCAAGUCCCUUCAUCCAGACAACAAAUGUCAUCACCACAACAGGUCAGUGCAUCAUCAUACUUAAAGAUUGAAGCAAAACUGAAAAAAUACACGGAACAUGGAGGACGCUGGAUGACGCCGAAUCAAACCCCUACAGUCCGACAACAAUAUCGCCAGGGGAUGCCACAGGUACAAGCACCAUCAUCAAGUCAUAGACGAAUCAAUAUCCCACAGGCUGGUGCGUUCAUGAAUGAACAAUCGUCCGUGUCCAAUACUGGUAGGACACAAGUCUCCAGACAAAGUGCAUUCUCUCAGCAACAAGUACCAAUGCCUAGCUAUGGGGCGGGGCAGGCCUCAGGAAAAAUUGGGUUUAUGCAGAAACAAACAUCAGUAUCUGGGUAUGGCGUUGGACAGACCUCACAAGGAGCCAUACCCAGAUAUGGCACUGUACAAGUCCCACGGAAAAUUGGAUUCUCGCGUGAACAAGUACCGGUGUCUAGUUAUAGUACUGGACAGGCAUCUAGGAAAGUCAGCAGAACAAUGGAACAAGUUCCAGUGUCCAGCUUUGGCACUGGACAGGCAUCUAGGAAAGUCAGCAGAACAAUGGAACAAGUUCCAGUGUCCAGCUUUGGCACUGGACAGGCAUCUCGGAAAAUUGGCAGAACAAUGGAACAAGUUCCAGUGUCCAGCUUUGGCACUGGACAGGCAUCUCGGAAAAUUGGCAGAACAAUGGAACAAGUUCCAGUGUCCAGCUUUGGCACUGGACAGGCAUCUCGGAAAAUCGGCAGAACAAUGGAACAAGUACUAGUUCCAAAUCAAGGCAGGACAACGAUCCAACAGACUUCUGGAUUUAUGGCGGAACAGUUUCCUGUGUCCAACUCUGGCAGAACACAAGUGUCAACACAUUUACCAACUUCUAAUAAGGUAGGAGCAAAAUACGUCCCAAGAAAUAGCGGAUUUGCUCAAACAAAAACACCUGUGUCUAGUCAAACAGGUUCACGGAAUAUUGCACGGAAUAACGGAUUUGCUCAAACACAAACACCUGUCUCUAGCCAAGCAGGUGCACGGAAUAUUGCACGGAAUAACGGAUUUGCUCAAAUGCAUACACCUGUGUCUAGUCAAGCAAAUGCACAGCACAUCGCAAGGAAUACCGGAUUUGCUCAAAAACAAACGCCUGUCUCUAAUCAAGCAAGUGCACAGCGAACAUCAGGAAAUAGCGCAUUUUCUCAAAACCAGAAACCUGUAUCCAAGCAAUCUGUUGCAGAGCAACCAUCAAGAAAUAGUGGUUUCCAGCAAUUUGCACGGUACACGCCAACUAAGUCCAGAUCGAGGCGGUUUUAA